GAGACAAAUUACAGACAGUUUACAAAGUCGCAAAAUAAGGACAAAAUAAAACACGACGCAUUUAGCUGUUCUACGAGUGGUCUGAGGCAGGUGUUAGAUUACGAACAUUUUCAAGUGCAACGUUAUCAUAACGAUGGUUUUGGUUAACAGCUCGGAGAUGUAACGAUACUCCUACAAAGGUUCUAACGAUGAUCUUAGCCGUAAAAUGCUUUUUGGAGACCAGGCCCUGGUUUUUAAUAAACUAUACUCCGUUAUUGCACCUGCUGCGACUAUGAUGGGCGUCAAAUUCGAACCACUUCAUACCAGGAGCGAGAGGGUUAAAACUGGGAGGGGAUCACUCUCUGGAGCCUGACGUAGCCAGCACAGUCAUUGCAGAACUGGGUUGCAACGUUAUUAAAAGCUGCAUAAUACCGCUGGAUCAUUGGCGUUGCAUGCAUUUAAAUACAGGCAUCCUCCCAGGCCUAUUGAUGGCGACUGGAAUGCUUUUUCACACCUCUACAACGUUAACAGGAAAUUCGGACUUAUUUACUUGGUUUCUAUAUCUGUACAGAGGGCGUUGCAGGAAAGACAGAAAGUGACAUGCCCUUCAUUCGUAGCCGGACGCGGUUAAUUCAGAAUGGUGCAUUUUAAUUUGUGUAUCUAGAAUACGCGGAUUUUGGUAUAAUUGUUGUGAUAACGGCGGAUACGACAAUAUCUAUUACAAAUCGAUCAAAACGGAUGCUAAAAUGCGAGGUGCCAAGUCGAUUUGAGCGGGUGGAUGGCCAAUCUGAUGUUAACAAUUGCGUUUCUCCCCGCGACUGCCGCGUUGCUAUGCUGUGAAGCUGGUCGGGAAGACCGGGCACUCGAGCCAUGCUUCCCGGGGUCGGCGUGUUUGGCACCAGCUUGACCGCGCGUGUGAUUAUCCCUCUUCUGAAGAACGAAGGAUUCGCCGUCAAGGCUCUAUGGGGACGGACUCAGGAGGAAGCAGAGGAGUUGGCCAAGGAAAUGGAUGUACCGUUUUAUACCAAUAGAAUCGACGACGUUUUGCUGCAUCAGGAUGUGGAUUUGGUGUGCAUUAACCUGCCUCCACCUUUGACGCGGCAGAUUGCUGUCAAAACAUUAGGUAUCGGUAAGAAUGUGAUCUGUGACCGAACCGCCACCCCACUGGAUGCCUUUCGCAUGAUGUCGGCCGCCCAGUACUACCCCAAGCUGCUGAGCAUCAUGGGAAACGUACUGCGCUUCCUUCCCGCCUUCGUACGCAUGAAGGAGCUAGUGGAGGAGGGCUACGUGGGGGAGCUGCUGGUCUGCGAGGCCCAGGUCCACAGCGGCAGCCUGUUGGGUAAGAAGUACAACUGGAGCUGUGACGACCUGAUGGGCGGUGGAGGGCUGCACUCGGUAGGCAGCUACAUCAUUGACCUGCUCACCUUUCUCACGGGCCAGCGGGCGGCCAAGGUGCACGGCUUCCUCAAGACUUUCGUCAAGCAGACGGAGCACAUCUGCGGCAUCCGACAGAUCACCAGUGACGACUUCUGCACCUUCCAGAUGGUGCUGGAGGGCGGCGCCUGCUGCACCGUCACACUCAACUUCAACGUGCCUGGUGACUUCCGCCAGGAGGUGAUCGUGGUGGGCACGGUGGGCCGGCUGACGGUCAGCGGCACGGACCUGUACGGCCAGAAGAACACCACGGAGGGAGGGCCGGAGCUACUUCUGAAAGACAGCACCCCUCUGGAGAAGGCCUCCCUACCGGAGAAGGCUUUCAGUGACAUCCCUUCGCCCUACCUGACAGGAACCAUCCGUAUGGUGCAGGCGGUGCGUCAGGCCUUUGAGGACCAGGACGACCGGCGCACGUGGGAUGAAAGGCCGCUGACUAUGGCGGCCACAUUUGAGGACUGCCUGUACGCACUUUGCGUGGUGGACACCAUCAAGAAGUCCAACCAGUGCGGCGAGUGGCAGAACAUUGAGGUAAUGAAAGAGGAGCCCGAGGUAAGCCCGGCGUACCUUAUCAGUGAGGCCAUGCGGCGCAGCAGGAUGUCUCUCUACUGCUAGCACUGGCACCUAAAUGGCUGUCUGGUGCUAGAGACUGGGGGUGAGAGAGCUGUCACUGUGCCCUCAUUGGAUCGCUACCCUAAAAAAAGAUGUGAACAGUGAUGAACUCUCUCCAAUCUCAUUGUCCUCUCUUCUGCAUGAUCUAUUCUGGAAUCACUACGCCGCGCAUCGUGACUCUGAGAAAGUGGAGGAAUAAAGAGCACCUCCAAAAAGAAAAAGACGUUGCUAUGGAUGCUACACUCGGGACAACAGUGGUUUAACUGGACCUCUAGAGAGGUGAAUGUUUAAUCCCCAGGGGGCUUCGGACCCUGUCUCUGUGUAUGUCUGCUGUGUGUGAAACCAGAGAAGAAAAACGCAGAGAAAUCAAUUGUUUGUCUGGUAGGGCUUUUAGUGAGGUCCCCUCCUCCGGUUAAGUAUGCAAUAAAUCCAAUCAGAGCUCCAGGCUAGUGGAAUUAAGUCAUCCUAAGCAAAAAAAAAAGUGUGAUGGGUCCCCACUCAUUCGCACUCAGAAUUGUCAUCCUGCCUGAAUCAAGGGAAUGCCUUUUUUUGCCUGCUUCUCGUUUUUGUAGUAACGUCCAUAUGCAAUAGACCGACACAUAAUCUGUGGAUGGUGGUGCAAUCCCAUGCUAUGCUGUGAGUAAAACCUAGGCACAUGUUUUCUAUCCCCAUGUUUUCAAUCUCAAGGUUAUGCCUUUUGCUAAGCUAAUAUCCUUAGCUUAGCCAGCUAGGUUAGCGGUGCAUGCGAUUAAAGCUUCUUACACAACAGCAGCGAUGUAGAGUGAAACGAUCAGUAAUAGUGUCCCUCUGGGUUACUGCAUGAAUGGGACACUUCCACGCAUGAAACAUUCCAUCUGCUUGUAAAGGCUAGUGUUUUGUGACUCUUUAUAGUUUGUGUGAAUAUGUAGCUUAGUACUACUAACAGAAGGGCAAGUAGAACAUGGCCUAUUUUUUAAAAUUAUGUUGAGAAGACCUCUGGUUUUCACCUCAUCACUAUCCACAUCACUAUCCACACAGGUUACAAGAGAUAAUGGUAGUACAGUAGCAUAAAUUCACGAAGCCAAAACAUUUUUGUAUUUUAUUCAAGCUCGAUCUUAUUGUUUCCCCAAUGUUGAUUGUGUUCUCAAAUUAUGCUACUGUAUAUCACCAUCUGCGUUUGCCUACUUUUCCACGGUCUUGUAUAAUACAAAAAAGUGAAUAUGGUUUAAAAUGUGUCAUGAUAUAAAUGUACUGUAUGUAUUUUAUUUGUUUUUAAACUAUCUGCAAAAGACAGGAACUGGAACAUGUUUUGAUACACACACUGUUCAGUGUAAAAUUAUUUAUUUUUAAUUUUGGACUGAUUUCGUACUGUGUCGGGAGAAGAAGUCUAGUUCGUGGGUGACAGUUGAGGUAAGAGAGGCCUUUUAGUAUUCAGUUUCUCUGUGUGUUGGUCCAUACUGUGGAAUGUCUGAAGACAAUGACUACUUUGGUUGGAGUAUAUAGACAUUUUUUAAUCAUGUGAUCCUAAUUUGUAAUAAAUGUUGAUAGGUGCAGCCAUUUUAAGAUUUGUAGCUAUUUAACCGUUAUCAUCUGUCCAGUCGGCCAUUUUGCCCUGUAUUCAUGUUUCAUGGAUGUGAUAUAUUGUGUUUGACAGUGGGUUUUGGAACAUCUCAUAUUUUUCUGACCAUGCUCCAGUUAGUUCAUUUGGCAUUUGUGUCGCGCAAAGUUAUUUUUUUCAGUAGCUUUUCAACCAACAAGACAAGCUUCUCACAUGCCCGCUGACCUUUCCCAAGUUCUGUAAAUACUAUCUCACUGAUGGGUGACCAUGAUGUGUUCUGCAUAGAAACAUGAUAAGAUGUCACCUGUUAUACCAUUGCAGAUCAUAAUAGCUUAUCAAUACUGUAGACUUUCCCCUUUGUCCACUGAGGACCUUUUAUACCAUAAACAUGCCUUGAUCUUUUCAAUGAAACCUGGAAAACAUUGUACUGGAAUAAACUCUCCAAAGUUGCACACUAUGGUAUAAGAACCCCCCGGUUACUUGAUGGACUUUGCCAUUUAAAGGAUGGAGACAUAGAGCAACGUCUAAAGAUGUGCUCUUUCCAACUCUCUCUGUUAGUCCCCUAUAUUCCUAUCCCGGGUCAAGGGCCUUGUUUCAAACAAUGCUCCUCUAAAACUGCACCCAGAGAACAGGAGAGGAAGUCCCCUGUUGAGGCCUUCUAGGGAGGACGUAGGAACCGUGGUUUAGUCCCCAGUCUUUCAGUCUGGAUAAAACUCUAUAGCUUUACAUAUAUGACAGGAAAGAAAUGGGGACUAAAUUAAAUGAAACACUUGAAGUAAACCCUUGCGAACACUUCACAUAACGUAUGCUGAAUCAAACUUAUUAUCAUGUAAUAUCAAUGUAGGGGAGAAAGGAUCAUUGCAAAGUAGAGAGGAGUCCCUUUGCCGGGUUUGAUCCAGCACCCAUGUGUAUUUAGGCUUAAUCCUACAUCUUGCUAAGGUGCUGUAGAGUAGUCCUCCUCAAACCGCUCCUCUGGAACCCCCAAAUGUUUUCCUGAUUCACCUUGUCAAGGGUUGUUUCUCUGCCCUCACAUUGAUGACACAUUCAGUUAUUACAAUGCCUGGAUGGGUAUUUUGCGUAUCAGAUAUGUUAGAGCAAUCUGGUGCCCGACAGGCACAGUUGAUGAGGUGGCACGUGACCAUUGGUUGAGUCAUGCAACUUCUGACCAGGGGAAUGCAACCAAGGGCUUGACAAUUAGUUGAAUUAGGUGGAAUAGAUCAAAUGCGUGGAAUGGCUGGUGGUCCCCGAGGAGAGGUUUGAGGAUCACUGCUCUAUAGGCACCUUACCAUUUUCUUCUACACUGAACAAAAAUAUAAACACAACAUGCAACAAUUGCAAGGAUUUUACUGAGUUAUAAUUCAUGGAAGGAAAUCAGUCAAUUGAAAUAAAUUUCUCAGGCCCUAAUCUAUGGAUUUCACAUCACUGGGAAUACAGAUAUGCAUCUGUUGGUCACAGACACUUUAAACGAAAAGGUUGGGGCGUGGAUCAGAAAACCAGUCAGUAUUUGGUGUGACCUCCAUCAUGCAGCGCGACUCCUUCUCAUGGAGUUGAAUCAGGCUGUUGAUUGUGGCCUGUAGAAUGUUAUUCUACUCUUCAAUGGCUGUGCGAAGUUGCUGGAUAUUGUCGCAACCUGGAAAACGCUGUCGUACACAUCGAUCCAGAGCAUCCCAAACAUGGGUGACAUGUCUGGUGAGUAUGCAGGCCAAGAACUGGGACAUUUUCAGCUUCCGGAAAUUGUAUACAGAUCUUUGCGACAUGGGGCCCUGAAUUCUGCCAGGUCGCAGUAGCAAAUGAGAACUUGUUCUCAACUAGCCUACCUGGUUAAAUAAAGGUGAAAAAAAAAAAAUUGCAUUCUGAAACAUGAGGUGAUGGUGGCAGAUGAAUGACACGACAAUGGGCCUCAGGAUCUCGUUACGGAUUCUAUGUGCAUUCAAACUGCCAUCAAUAAAAUGUAAUUGUGUUCGUUGUCCGUAGCUUAUGCCUGCCCACACCAUAACCCCACCGUCACCAUGGGGCACUCUGUUUUACCACGUUGACAUCAGCAAACCACUCGCCCACGCAACGCCAUACGUUGCCAUUUGCUUGGUACAAUUGAAACCAGGAUUCAUCCGUGAAGAGCACACUUCUCCAGCGUGCCAGUGGCCAUCAAAGGUGAGCAAUUGCCCACUAAAGUCGGUUACGACGCCAAAAUACAGUCAGGUCAAGAACCUGGUGAGGACGACGAGCACGCAGAUGAGCUUCCCUGAGACGGUUUCUGACAGUUUGUGCAGAUAUUCUUCAGUUGUGCCAACCCACAGUUUCAGGUGAAGAAGCCAAAUGUGGAGGUUCUGGGCUGGCGUGGUUACACGUGGUCUGGACGUACUGCCAAAUUCUCUAAAAUUACGUUGGUAGAGAAAUUAACAUUACAUUCUCUGGCAACAGCUCUUGUGGACAUUCCUACAGUCAGCAUGACAAUUGCACGCUCCUUCAAAACAUGAGACAUCUGUGACAAUACUGCACAUUUUAGAGUGGCCUUAAAUUGUCCCCCGCACAAGGUGCACCUAUGUAAUGAUCAUGCUGUUUAAUCAGCUUAUUGAUAUGCCACACCUGUCAGGUGGAUGGAUUAGCUUGUCAAUGGAGAAAUGCUCAUGAACAGCGAUGUGAACAAAUGUGUGCACAACAUUUGAGAGAAAUAAGCUUUUUGUGUGUAUAGAACAUUUCUGGGAUGUUUUAUUUCAGCUCAUGAAACAUGGGACCAACACUUUACAUGUUGCGUUUUAUAUUUCUGUUCAGUGUAAAUAUCCAGGCCAGUUGAUGUAAAAUGGGUUGGGUAUUUAAAUUGUUGAAUAUUUAAUGUCUGAAAUUAUAAGAUUUCAUGCAUCUGAUGUCUGCUGAUUUGAUUUAUACAUUUGAAUUUAAUCCGGGGCUGUCAAACUCAUUCCACGGAGGGCCUAGUGUCUGCAGGUUUUGUUUUUUUCCUUUCAAUUAAGCCCUAGACAACCAGGUGUGGGGAGUUCCUUACUAUUUACUUAAUUCAUCAGUCAAGUUCAAGGGAGGAGCGAAACCUGCGGACACUCUGCCCUCCUUGGAAUGAGUUUGACACCCGUGAUGUAAUUUCUUUUUUAAAUUUCUUUUUUUUUAUAAAGUGUAUGUUUCGGGUAUCAGCUAAUAUUGGUUAUGUUUUAUGAUAAAAUGGAUAUGGAUUUGAAUGGACAAUUGCUGUAUUACCAUCAAAGCUGCAACACCUGGAGUAUUACUACUGCGGUCAAUACAACUGGAAGACGUGUAUCACUGUACCUGAAGGUAUUACCCUGAGAGCACUGUAGGGGUGCCGUUGUCUGAGACACUGUAGUCACUGUCUGUCUAGUAUGGGGGGGAAAAAGAAGACCAGUCACAUUACUUAUUGUCAUUGCUCACUUCGCUUGGGGGUUCUUGCAAUGCAUCCAGCUCUUGGCUUCAAAAAAGAACAAAACUUGAAACACGGGGGAGAUGUUACAGUUCAAAAUGUUAAGUGUGUGUGUUGCUGAAAUGUGUAUAUUUUAGCUCUCCUUGCUGUGCCAGCAUUUACAAACACUUGAGGAGAUUGGGGUUUCCUGCUUCAGUAUAGCUAGUAAUCUAGCUAUGUGUGAUCGAUUUGGGAAACAAAGACUCAAAUGUGGUUUGGCCACCUGACUCUGCAAUUCCCCUCCCCCUCUCCCUGCCCUCAGUGCCCUAAGGGGGUCACUCUGUUCAUAAUGAGAGAAGCAACCUCAAAGAAGGUGCUUCUUGUGCACCCUCAGUUCGUCACCUAGCAACCACUGUGCCAAAACUCAGCCCAUCUUGGAUUCUUUACCCCCACUCAUUCUCUCUCCUUUUCCUGUCUCUGUUUCUGUCUGUGUUUUGUGUUUCACUGACACACUUUCUUCCUCUCUCAACAUUUCUCUUCUUCACUCUCUUUUAUUCUGUCUGUCUGCCUCUCUCACACACACACACACACAAACACACACACACACACACACACACACACACACACACACACACACACACACACACAGACAGCCUGGAGGACAAACUCACUUGGUGCUUCUGCAGACCUCUGCUACCUUAGCAUUUAGUUCACCAUUCUGUUUAAAGAGCCUCUUAUAUUUAAGCUGUAAGAGGACAUAUGAUAUUGAUAUAUUUCCCCCACAUUUCACCUACCAUACAAAGUGUCCUUUGUCAUUCAUUAUGUCACAGACAAAGCAACCACUGGGCAAAUAAGCUUACAUUAAGCCUGCUUAUUUUGAUGAAAAAAUAAUUGUUGUAAUUGUAUUGAUGAUGAUGACGAUGGUCAUUUGAUAUGUUAUGCCUUAUCUCAAUGUAGACAUGAUGGCAAUAGUCAGUUAAGCAAAUGACUACUGCUGUUAGUUUGGUGACUGUUUCCCUUCAUACUGAGGAAACCCUAAACUCUUCUCCUACUUGCCCUAGUGUCCAUUUUCUUGACUCCAGGCUGGAGUAGCCAAUCAGGCAGUAGCCAAUCUGGUAGUCCCAGACUCCCGGCCCCUUUUGUUUACUGGGCUCAUUAGGUCAGAAGUGGUGACUGGUGACCGCUGAAAAGGGUGACACGCGCACACCGGACCCCUCCCCAACAGGUUAGUAAAUGCUGAUAAUCACAGUUUGCUGUACCGUUCAAUUGCUUAGUUCAUGUUGAAGGAAAUAUCCGUCUUGAUGCUGUAAUGAUGUUUGUUGACUAUUUAUUAUACUAUAAGUAUAUCGUGGACGCAUGAACCUUUGUAAAUAUUUUGAACCAAUAGGCUCAUAUUAAUCAGUCUUAAACUAGAGAAUGUACUGUAGGAAUAUAUUUAUAUCUAUAUUUUCUAUAUAUCAGAAAAUGACAGUUGUGAUUUGGGAGUUGGGUUGAGAAGAGGUGGUGGGUGUCACAUUAAUAACGGUCCUCAUUUCUCUCUUUGUGGAAUAUGGAAAGGCAUGAUCAUGUGCAUCUGUUAAUGGAGUCUUCAUUCCUUGGGCUGGCUCUGUGAACCCUUUGUCAGUGUUCUACUGUUUGAUCUCCCCGCUCCAGUGCUCUGCAUCGCUAUUGUGUAUGUGUGUGUGUUAAUAGUAAGCGAAAGUGUGUGUGUGUUGCUGGGGGGGGAAAUGUGUCUUGUUCUGAACACAUCACCCUGGUGUUCAUGAAAGCCUGCAACAUGGUUUACCGCUUUAAAAUUUGUCCGAUGCUGCAGUUUAGGGAUAAAAAAAAAUUGAUACCUA